AUGGCAGCCAUCAGCGGCGCCGGCAGCGCAGAAGACGCCCAGUCCCUCAGCCCCGCCCUCGUUACUGGCGGCUGCGGUUUCAUCGGCUACCACAUCGUCGCUCAGAUUCUCAAGGAUGAGCCUGCCUGCCAAGUCCACAUCGAACAAAUCCUAACCCAGGCCCGGCCUAAGACCAUCUUUCACGUUGCAUGCCCUGAAUCUACGGUCCAGCAGCCCGCCAAGUUCAAGCUGGUCAAUGUUAUGGGCGCUCACAACCUUCUGGUCUCGGCAGAGAAGGUGCAAACGGUCCGGGCAUUCAUCAACACCUCCACAUCGUCUGUUAUCCACGAUAACCGUUCCGAUCUAAUUCAGGCUGACGAGAGCCUGCCUGUUCUUCAGUAUCCAGCCCAGAAGCGAGUCUAUACUCUAACUAAAGCGGAAGCUGAAGCCGAGAUCCUUGCUGCGAACCGUGCAAAGGGCGACGCCUCGAUGCUUACUGUCUCUAUGCGGCCUGCAACAAUUUUCGGGGAACGUGACACUAUCACAUUUGGCAAGAUCGUAGCGAAUGCUCGAAAGGGCAACGGCAAGGUCCAGUUCGGCCCCGGAAAGAACUUGUAUGACUUCGUCUAUGCGUCCAACUGCGCCGACGCUCAUAUUCUUGCCGCCAAGGCUCUUCUACGCGCAUACGGCAGACCCCCUCCAGCUUCUGAUAUGCGCGUCGACGGGGAGAGUUUCAAUAUUACGAAUGAGGAGCCCAUACCGGUCUGGUACUUCCAGCGUGCAAUUGCAGCUUCUGUUGGCCUGCCAGUCAAGACAGAAGAGAUCAAGACUAUCCCGGUCUGGGUUGCCUAUCUUAUGGCGACGAUCGCCGAGUGGGUUACCUGGAUUCGCUCCUUCGGUAGAGACCAGCCGAUCAUAACCCGGGAGGCCGUUCGUCUGACGGUUAUCGAGCGCACUCUGAGUGGCGAGAAGAUCAAGAGGGUGUUGGGAUACAAGCCUAAAGUCACCAUGGACGAAGGGCUGGCGAGAACGGGCAAGUGGUUCGUCGAGCAGGAUGAGACUGCUGAAGCCAAGAAGGCUGUCUGA